AUGGCGUCCAGACAAUUUGGUCUUCGUGUGGCACAAGUUAUUGGUAUAUCAGGUGCUGCUUGGCUGUCCGGAAAUAUUGCGGCAUUGAGCACAAUUGCCAUACCGGGACUUGUCCAAUCUCAAAACGAAGACCACAAAUCACAGAGCCUCCUAGCAAGACAAUGGGCAGCCUUAUAUGAGACCGGAAAAAAGAAGAAUCCGCCCAUUGCAGCUGCGGUCGCUUCUUCGUUGUUCUAUCUGGCCUGGUCUGUUCGCAAGGGAGGCCCUUUAUACAAGCAUACGGCGUAUAACCGCAGUGGCCUCUAUAUCGCAGCGGUAGUGUUCACAGUCGGCAUUGUCCCAUACACUCUAAUUUUCAUGACUGGGACCAACAGUGCACUUCUGGGCAAGGCACAGUCAACAUCUAAUGACGAGAAAGAAGUUCCGGAUCUGAUUCAGAGAUGGAAUGCCUUGAAUCUGGGCCGAUCUGUUUUUCCUUUGAUUGGGACCGUUUGUGCAGUUGUUGCCACUAUCCUAUGA